CCUCUAAAAUUUCGGGUGUAAGAUACUUUUUAUGUGCUUUAUCAAUUUUUGGCAUCAGCAAGAUUCCAACUCAUUGUUUAAAGGAAGCAUUGGUCACGUGACCUCUUAGUGCAAGUGGCCUAUUAUUCCUCGAGCCCGAAUGGGCUCUGAGUCAAUAGCCCAUGAGGCCGACUCAGAGGCCAUGAGUAAAAUCCAACUAGUUGGUCAAAAAUAUCGAGACAAAACAACUUUAGCUAGUUAAAGCCAGACUUUAAUCCCUUUUUGCCGCCAAAAAGCUUUUCGCUACCAGUGAGUUAUAACAUAUAGCCUAGUAGUAGCUCAACCAAUGAGAACGCAGCAUUGAUAAUAGACCACUAGUUGGAUUUUACUAAUGCAGGAUAUUCACUGAUUGAGUAGCCAAUCAGAGCGCGCGAAAAACACUUUCCACUGUUUUAGUAUAUACUAAAUGCAAGUAUGAGAAAAGGAAAGUUUUCAAGAACGGGAUGAGAGAGCCCCUGGGAUACUACUCUUAACGAACCAGUUCCACGACUUAUUCGAAUGCUUGUUCGAAUGUCUUGUACAGACAUUAAAGGGUAAAAAAAUGUCUCCUGCACGUGCCUGCAUGACAAUUAAGUAUGCCGAGCAGGCGUAAACAACCACGCAGACGAUUUCGCAUGAACAAGCCUAGAAGUACUUAGACUGCAAAACAGUCCGUAUUUUUGCGUAUUCAAGUAUGCGCGAGCAGCCAAACAAAAGGUCUGAAACGAGGCUGGAACAGAGAGCUAGACUGGGGAGAGACGCUUUUUUCUUUCGCCUCACAGGCCCUACGGGCGUGUGAGGCUCGCACGCUUCACGCGCGUAAGACUCUUGCGCCACGCUUUACCGAUUUCUUUAAUGAUUUUGAGAAAAAAACCCGACUGUUUUGCAGUCUAAGAAGUACUCUGGUGUUUACGAAUUUACCUUCGAUCAGUCCACCGGCUGAUUUCUUCAAUUGUUGAAUUUUUCGUUUUAUUUUGGUUUGUUAACAUGCUAAAUUAUGGGGUAAGAUUUUCGUAUAACCCCAUACACUUAUUAUGCAUGCAUGUUUCCACUCUAUUCAUUUUCAUAUCAAGUAGUAUGGAAUUGCUGCCUGCAUAAUGAAUGUAUGAACUUACACGGAAAUUUUACCAAUUAUGGCUUUUCAGUGGGGCUCAUUUUCACUGAAAGCUCUCCUGCACGAGCCAAACAUGCACGGCCAACAGUCGAGUUUGCAGGUGACAAGCCUCAGCGUCCGGGAAGUUAAAAAAUGCGGCGCGUCUGGUUGUUAUGAAGUGACGUAAUCAUCCAGUUGAGUAUCUGUCAUCGUAAUACUUCCGGUCAACUACCACAGAGCUCGUAAAGUACUUUAGAGACGGACUACUAGAAAAGUUAUGCAUAAGUUUUCUAAUGGUCCGUCCCUUAAUUAAAAUCGUGUUCAAACCUCUGUGGAGGAAGUCUGUUUAUAAUUGUGUCGAUAAAUGCACGUCUGACUUUCAUGAGGUUCAAUUUUGAAUGAAUUAUCAAAAUUUUUGUUAAGCGAGAAGUCUACCUACGGUUCCCGGGAAAAGGAACUUUUGUAGUGGCGCAACACAAAUUUUUCGAGACUCGAGGAUGUGCUUACAAACCAUUCACUAUAUCUAUGCGACUAAAGGAGGGUAUAGCGUAUAUAACAGGUUUAGCAUUUCGACCCGUAGCCGAAAAAAGAAAAAAUUAGGCAAUUGCCCUAUAUCCUUUCUGGUUCAUCUAGAUAGAAGUCCUGGCAUAUAAUUAUGCCUGAGCGCUUCUAGGAUAUAAAACACGUUUAGCAUUUCGACACGUAGAACAAAAAAAUUGAAAGUUGUUCCAUAUCCUUUCGGGUUCAACCAGGUAGAAGUCCUUGCAUGAUAUUCAUGCCUGAGCGCUUCUAGGAUAUAUAACACGUUUAGCAUUUCUUAUCACAAUUUCAUCCUCGUCGAUAAAACAACAGGUCAUAGUCAAUUAAGAGGCCGCUUUGAAUCAAUACGAUCUCAUUUGCAUUUCUCCAAAUUGCAGAGGGGCUGAAUAUUAGCUUGAAGAGUGCUUUGAGGUGUAGUACAUGUAAACGAGAACUGAUCUAAAACCUGAAGGAGAGGUUUGUAUUACUAAAUUUUUUCACAUCAAUUUAGCGGCCGACCAUUUGACUUAUCAGAGAGAAAAAAGGGGGGAUUAAAAAAAGAAUGCAGACGCUGUAUGUCAGGGAAAAAGAAAAAAAUAUAUCAUCAGAAGUUUGGGCAACAUAUUCUUACAAAAAGCAAAUUACCUAUACCCUCUCGCCCUCAUCCCGCCCCACGCCCAAACGCCUCAAAAGUCAGCUGGCUGGCCACUUAGUCAGCACAAAACCAAAAACAAAUAACAAGGAAAAAAAUUAAAAGGCGCCAAAUUUUCAGGACGGGAGUCGGUUUCUUUGAAAUUAGGUUUGCAAAAACUGUCAUUGAAUUCAACUAUGGACCCGACGGACAUUUUGUGUUGUUGUCUUCUUGGAAAAAAUUUUGCGUCCCGGGUAAGAUACACCGAAAGAGGUUCGUACAGUUUCUAGAAAUUGUAUUUGAAUGGAUUACGCGAAAUGGGAUUUUCUUGUCCUUUCAGGUAUUGUAUCAUUUUUAGUGUGCUUACGGUGUUUCAAAAAUUGCUUAUUUCAAUAUAGAUAUUUCUUAUUUCUUGCUUACACAUAUUUUCUAUAGAACCGGCCAAGUUUAUAUUUAGCCAAAUUCGAAAAUAUUAUAGAGAAUGUUGCUGACUAACACCUGCCAUACAAUGCACUCUCGCUUUAUUAACUUCCUUUAAUUAUUACAUCAGGGCUAGUGUAAAAGCGUUCACCGGAUUAAUCGAAAUUCGAUAUUUACUUUAGAACAUGGAAUGUUAUGAAAACGGUUGCAGUUUUAUGGAGUUUGUGUCAUUUUCGUGAUAGAGAAUCGGAAAGGAUAUAUUUUAGUAGACAUCAAAUUCCAGAAUAUGUAAAUAUAAGAGGGCGGAUCAGAAUGAUAAAUUGAUAUUGCUCUCAUACUGAAGGCGAAAGGAGGUAUAAUAUGUGGUGCGCACUUUCAAAAGUAGAUUCACUUAUUAUUCCGCACUUAAAGGGGUCAUAACAGUGUACAGUUUAAUGGGUAUUAAAGUGAACACUUUAAGGAGUCUUAAAGUGAACACUCUAAGAGUCCUAAAGUGAACACUUUGAGGAGUAUUAAACCGGGGAACACUUUAUGGGGUCUUACAGUGUUCACUUCAAGAAGUCCUAAAGUGAACACUUUAAGGAGUCUUAAAGGGACCACUUUAAGGAUUAAGUUAUAUAGGACAAUCUUAUAUAAUUUUAAUUGUAAGAUUUAUAUAAGGACCUUUGCCCAGCAUCUUAGAAAGAUCCGUAAAAAGUACGAUAGGGGAUCGAAGCGCGUACUUUGAAACCUAACUCAAGGACUGAGCAGGUAGUUCCGGCCACACAAACGAUCAAAGACAAUGAUUUCAGUAGAAGUGAAAGAAGGUCAGUAAGCCGCGGUACUACACUGUAAACCAAAAAACUGAUGGGCCUAUACAUUCAGCUGUAGGCCUUAAUAUAUAACUGAAAUGCAUUAUUUAGCAAUUCUAUUGAAAUAAAAUACUCUGGGACGUUUUUGAGGGUGUUAAAAGCACUGCUCACACCUCGCGUUUUAUCACUGCUCAUUACUUAGCUUUUAAACAUGUUUCUAGUUGCAAAUAAAAAGAAAAACUUUUUAAAGAAAUUGAAGUUGUCGUAAAGUUAUAAAGAGAAAGCGUUUAAGAAGCGAGGUAAAUGUAGGAUUCCUAUAAAGUAUUCCCCAUUCCAAAAGCGAAGCCGGCUAAGAAGUCGGACAGAAAGAACAUAUGAUUUUAGAAGGAUCAAACUACUAUGCCUUUUCACUUGAAUACUUUUCAUGUUUCAUUCUGCUUUGCGGCGUUUGAUUUUUUCGAGGAGUGUGGUUCAAAAUCCUAUUUGAAUUUAAUCAAGGUUGAUUAUGAUUAAUGAUGGCGGGCAAUUUGCGUUUGUUUAUUUAUUCCGGCUUCAUCAUCGCCGAAGAGAAAGCACAUAUAUGCUUUAAAAUGUUUGAUAUAGAUCAACUCAUUCUUGUACUAACAUUCAGAUUUGGAGAUGUUUUGGUGUAAAACAUUUAGUCGCGUCCACUUCUUUAUCAGAUAUAAAGACACACUAAACAUUAAUUUCUUUUGUUUUUAAGUUUAUGGAUUAUUAAUGAGUUUUUUUGAAAACAUCAUUGUCACUGCCUUAUGCAAUAUUUGUACUAACUUUAUUUUAGGUAACAUUUAAGAUAGCUUAAAGGGGUAUGUCAUAAAGGUAUUGCAAUAUUGCUGUUUUACGUCAAUUCUGUGCCUACGUCAUCAGGAAAUAACGUCACACAGUCCCUUUAAAACCGAUACUGGUGGGUCAGGUGGGCUUUGUAUCAAACAAUCAUGAAACUAAGUAGAUGAAAUUAAUGAAAAUGAGACCACUGAUGCACGUAAAUAAGACGAAAUUUGUAAGGAACAGUUCUCGUGGGUAUUAUCACAUGACCAGUAUUGAAAAAACAAAACAUACUAGCUAAAAAGGUCUAUUAUCGACACUUAUCGACACUUAGGAGUAUUUAUUCAACGUUUUGAUACAGGUGGACCUUUUAAAUUUAAAUUCACAACAUGUAGAAAUUGACUAAUCGUAUUGUAAGAAAUAUAGCUUUAAUUUACUUACGUAAUAAUUUACCUCAGUUUGCUGAUCAAUAUCAGGAUACAAAGUUAUUCAGUAAACCCCUUCAGGUGGCAGGAAUUACAAUUAUUUGCUUACAUGCAAUCAGAAUUAGUACAGUGACAGUGUUGUCAAUGGCAGAAUAAAAAACACCUAUUAUAUAUCAAACCAUUAUUUGAACUGUAGAUGUUUUCCAGUAGAAGCGAGUAUCAAGAGAACACAACUGUCGAGAAGUCAGUAAAAGAAAAACAACAACUAAAACAAAAAACACAACAGUAAAAUGGAUCAAGUUCCUGGAGCUGCUCCAGUCUGAUAAAUCCAGAAGUAACGAACAAAAGUAGGAGCAACAGUUACUUUUAUUUUGAGCUUCGUUUUCGCUCUGGUUGGAAAUUCCCUAGUCGUAUUAAUUGCCUACAAAACGCCAAGGAGUCAGUGAGGAUGAUCGCAACAGCAAAUGGAUCAAGUUAUUGGAGCUGCUCCAGUUUAAUAAUUCCAGAAGCAGUAAAAAUUGGAGUAACAGUUGCUUACAGUUUUAUCUUUUGUGUUUCGUUGGUUGGAAAUUUUCUCAUCGUAUUAAUUGUUUACAAAACACCAACUUUGAGAAAACCGAUAAAGAUGUUGAUCGCAAACAUGGCCAUGUCCGACCUGCUCUUUCCAAUAUUCCUGUUCCCCCUUCGACUUGCAGAGUUUCACGUUGGCUCGUGGAUUAUUGGUGGUGCCCUUGGCCAAGCUUUAUGCAAGCUACACAUCUUUCUUGCGAAUGUUUCUGGGGUAGUAUCGAUUCAGAGCCUGGUUCUGAUAGCAGUGGAUCGAUUUGGAGCUGUUGUAGUUCCACUCCGCUCUCCUCUCGUAACUAGAAAGCUUUGUCCAUUCUUUAUUAUCGCCACGUGGAUCACCGCAAUGGCCGUUUUUUCGCCACUUCUUGUUGCAAAUAAACUUGUUAAAUACCGAGAACGACUGAUGUGCGUACGUCUGUGGAUGGAAUUCUUUGGAGGAAGCAAGUUUGCAAAUUACUUCCUAGCAGUUGCUGUCGUGUUUCUCUGCAUCCCCUUUGUCCUCGUGGUGAUACUUUACUCUAUCAUCUUCAUGAAGCUUAAAAUGCAAGCCCAUCCGGGUGAACAGUCAGCCAACGCUGAAGAAAAACGCACCAGAAGAAACAGAAACGUGCUUAAGAUGGCCACAGCCAUCGUUGUAGUGUUUUUCAUUUUCUGGAUACCCUAUUUCAGUAGCGCGGUGAUAGUUAAUUUUAGUGCACCGGACAGUUCCAUCUCGUUUUCCUGUAGUUUUUAUCUGUUCUACAUUGUCACCAAUUACAUGAUUUACGCAAACUGUGCUAUCAACCCGAUCAUCUGCCUCACUUUUAGCAGUAAUUAUCUCCAAGCACUUAAGAGACUUGUGAAUCGCUGUGAUACAGGGCAAGAUUAACUUUUGAAAACUAACAGCUGGGUCUUAAGCGUUUCGUGCAAAAAAAAAAAAAAAAAAAAAAAAUAAAUAAAUAAUAAUAAUAAUAAUAAUAAUAAUAAUAAUAAUAAUAAUAAUAAUAAUAAUAAUAAUAAUAAUUAUAACAAUAACAGAAACGUGCUUAAGAUGGCUACAGCCAUCGUUGUAGUGUAUUUCAUUUUCUGGAUACCCUAUUUCAGUAGCGCGGUGAUAGUUAAUUUUAGUGUACCGGACAGUUCCAUCUCGUUUUCCUGUAGUUUUUAUCUGUUCUACAUUGUCACCAAUUACAUGAUUUACGCAAACUGUGCUAUCAAUCCGAUCAUCUGCCUCACUUUUAAUAAUAACAACAAUAAUAAUAAUAAUAAAAAAGAUCUGCAUGCUGGGAUCUGCACGAAUCCUCAGAAAGGUGCUCAGUGUAUGAACAGAAUGAUUGACUUGAGUGACUGACGCUCUAGGUGUAUGGUUUGCGCCCGGCUGAUGCACGUAAAGAACACUAGCAAAGACUGUGAUAAUAGAGAUAUAAUAAUAACAAUAAUAGUAAUAAGGAUUAAAAACUUCACCAUAAAAUAAUGACGGAGAUGAUGAUGAUAAUUAUAAUUGUUAUUAUCUUAAUGUAAAUUAAGGUUUAAAACACCCCUACUAAAACCGUGAACGAACAAUGUUGCUCAACGUUGGAUCAAACAAGAUCGUUAAAUCAGUCCAAAAAGAUAAAAAUAGAAUUAAAUUUAAAAAGACUACUGCAAAGACUGAUCAAACAACUUGAAAAAGGCUAAGGUAUACAAUAUUUCGACUGGCGAAUACCAGCCUUCAUCAGGUUCAUGAUUAGGAAAAAACAGGAAUAUACAGAAUAUAUGUUGCUGUAAAAUAAUAAACUGAAGUUACAUGGUAUGACGUGCUAAGAGAACACAACUGUCGAGAAGUCAGUAAGCAUGAACAGAACAGUAAAUGGAUCAAGUUCCUGGAGCUGCUCCAGUCUGAUAAAUCCAAAAGCAGGAAAAAUUGGACUAACAGUUGCUCUCAGUUUGAUCCUUGCUGUUUCGCUAAUUGGAAAUUUCCUCAUCGUAUUACUUGUUUACAAAACACCAACUUUAAGGCCUGUUUCAAACGUCGUACUACUGCCGUUCUAAGCUGGCUCGACUGUAGCUGCGGCUGCAGCAUGAAACUAGCACCACUUGGAUUCAAACGACGAAUUUAAUUCAGUCGAAUAGAACGGCUGCUCCUGAAAACAAAACACAAAAAUAAAGAAACGAUUUGGCAAACUUUUAAAUGUAUUCUAAUGUAUUCAUAAUUUAUGAAUUGAGUUCGGCACGGCAGUAGCACGACUUGGUUUCAAACAUCGCGCUACUGCCGUGCCAAAGUCGAAUUUAAUUCGAUCAAUAUAGUUGGGCAUGGCAGUAACACCACGUCUGAAAGGGGCCUAUGAAAACCGAUAAAUAUGUUGAUCGCAAACAUGGCCAUGUCCGACCUGCUCUAUCCAACAUUCCUGUUCCCUGUUCAACUGGCAGAGAUGCACGUUGGCUCGUGGCUCAUUGGUGGUACCCUUGGUCAAGCCUUAUGCAAGCUAAAGGUCUUUCUUGCAGAUUGUUCUGUGUUAGUAUCGAUUCAGAGCCUGGUUCUCAUAGCAUUGGAUCGACUUGGAGCUCUUGUAGUUCCACUUCGAUCCCCUGUGGUCACUAGGAGGGUACUAAGAACUCUCAGUUGUCGUAAUGUUGUAAAAAGAAAGCUUUAAGCGAGGUGUAUGUACGUUUUCUAGUAUUCGCCUUUUUAAACGCGAAGCCAGCUAAGAAAUCAAGAACAUGAGUUUAGAAGGAUCAAACUACUUGAAUAAUUUACAUGUUUCAUUGUGCUAUGCGGCUUUUGAUUAUUAGUGUGGUUCAAAAUUCCGAUUCAAUUAAAUCAUGGUGGCUUUAUGAUUAAUGAUGGCGUGCAAUUUGCGGUUGUUUGUUCAUUCUUCGAAAUUCAUCCUUGCCAAAGAGAAAGUACAUAAUACUUUAAAAUCUCUGAUAUACAUGUAGAUCAACUCAUUCUUGCACUAAUAUUCAGAUUUGGGGAUGUUUUGGUGCAAAAAAUUUAGCCGUAUCCGUGUCAUAAAUAGAUAUAAAGACAUUCAAUAAACAUAAAUUUUCUUUUUUUAUUAUUAUUAGUGACUUCUUUUUUUGAAUGAAUCAUUGUCACUCAGCCUUGUAUGCAAUAUUUGUACCAACUUUAUUUUAGGUAACAUUUGAGACAGCUGAAUGGGGCAAUGUCUUGACGAUGUUGCAAUAUUGCUGCUUUACGUCAAUUCUAUGCUUACGUCAUCAGGAGGGUCAGGUGGGCCCUGACCCUCAAGUACUUGAAAUCAUUUUUGUUUAUUGUCUGACUACAAUUAGAAAAACAAAAAGAGUUUUUUUGACAUGAUAUCUCAGCAACAUUACAGAGACAUACUUCAGUAAAUUCAGUAAAUAUGCAGCGUAAUAAGCCUCUUUAACCUGUAUGUUUUGUUUUCCCAGUGGAGGUCCGAGGAGAACUUGACUCUUUGUUUGUUUGUUUGUUUGUUUUUUUCAUAAAUGAUGCGUACAUAUGCAGGUGAAUAAGACGAAAUUUGAAAGGAACUUAUUGCUCUCUUGAGUACUAUCACAUGACCCAGUGUAUUGGAAAAACAAAAUAUACGAGCUAAAGAGGUCUAUUAUCGACACUUAUCGACGCUUAGGAGUAUUUAUUCAAAGUUUUGAUAUAUAUGUACCUUGAUCACUCAGUCGUUUAAGAAGAAAUACUAAUUAAAAGCUUUAAUUGACUUACAUAAUAAUUUGCCUCAGUUUGCUGAUCAAUAAAAGGGUACAAAGUUAUUAGGUAAAACCUCUGCAGGUGGCAGUAUUUGCUUACAAUUAAAUACAGUGACGCCGAAGUGUUGUCGAUGGUUCAAUAUUAAGCAUAUACAAUAUAUAAAACCAUUAUUUGAACAGUAGAUGUUUUUCAGUUGAAGCAAUUCUCAAGAGAACACAAUUGUCGAGAAGUCAGUAAGCAUGAGCACAACAGUAAAUGGAUCAAGUUUCUGGGGCUGCUCCAGUCUGAUAAAUCCAGAAGCACUAAAAAUUGGACUAACAGUUGCUUACAGUUUUAUCCUUGUUGUUUCGUUGGUUGGAAAUUUUCUCAUCGUAUUAAUUGUUUACAAAACACCAACUUUAAGAAAACCGAUAAAUAUGUUGAUCGCAAAUAUGGCCAUAUCCGACCUGCUCUUUCCAAUAAUCUUGAUCCCGGUUCGACUGGUGGAUUUGCAAGUUGGCUCGUGGCUUAUCGGUGGUAACCUUGGUCAGGCCUUGCAAGCUACAUUUUUUCGGUACAUACAUUUCCUCGUUAGUAUCUGUUCAGAGUCUGGUUCUGAUAACAGUGGAUCGAUUUGGAGCUGUUGUGGUUCCACUUCGUUCCACCCUCAUGACUAG